GCGCAUGCGCAGACGCGUCGCGGUGAUUGCAGCUCUCUGCGUUUCCGCGUUAGCAGCGGGGAAGCAGCCAAGGGGAGGGAACAGUACACAGGCAGAUCGGCCAAAUCUAACUGGAUUACGCUGUCUGUGGCACGAUUACGAUGCAAAACAAGAGACGAUCGAGCAAACGUCGUGUUUAGGAAAUGAAUGCGAGAUUAUGACAUCCGCCUGGGCACGAGGACAGGAUGACAACACCGCCUGACAUGUGAGGCAAAACACAACAACAGCGCGCUUGUGUGGCUGCGUCUUUGCCACCUUUAGUUUAUGCAGAAUUUGCGUUAAAUAUCGCGUUUGCUGGUGGCAUAAUGAAGAAGUUUAAUAUCAGGAAGGUGUUGGACGGCUUGACUGCGUCCUCUUCCUCCGCCGCGUCACCUCAAACGGGAAACCGGGAGAAUGACAUGAUUCAGGAGACCCUGCAAUCGGAGCAUUUUCAGCUUUGCAAGACGUUACGACAUGGGUUUCCCUAUCAACCCUCUUCCAUGGCUUUUGACCCCGUACAGAAAAUUCUGGCUAUUGGCACACAAAGUGGAGCCCUAAGACUGUUUGGGCGAGCAGGAGUGGAGUGUUACUGUCAACAUGAAAGCGGAUCAGCCGUCAUCCAGCUGGAGUUUCUCGUGAAUGAAGGGGCGCUGGUUAGCGCUUUGGCAGAUGACAGUAUUCAUUUGUGGAACCUGAGGCAAAAACUUCCAGCCAUUCUCCAUUCUCUUAAAUUCAACCGGGAACGGAUCACGUUUUGUCAUUUGCCCUUUCAGAGUAAAUGGCUUUAUGUGGGCACAGAAAGAGGAAACAUUCACAUUGUCAAUGUGGAGUCCUUCACACUCUCAGGCUAUGUGAUCAUGUGGAACAAAGCCAUCGAACUUUCUUCAAAGACGCACCCUGGUCCUGUGGUUCACAUCAGUGAUAACCCCAUGGAUGAAGGGAAACUUUUAAUUGGUUUCGAGUGUGGCAUAGUUGUGCUGUGGGACUUAAAAUCAAAGAAAGCUGAUUAUCGAUACAAUUAUGAUGAGGCGAUCCACUCUGUGGACUGGCACCAUGAGGGGAAACAGUUUGUGUGCAGUCACUCAGAUGGCACGCUUACCACGUGGAACGUGCGAGCUCCUGCCAAGCCUGCCCAGAUCAUUACACCACAUGGUAAACAAGCCAAGGAUGGAAAGAAGCCUGAGCCAUGUAAACCCAUCCUGAAAGUGGAGUACAAAACCACCAGAGCCGGGGACCCUUUCAUGAUACUGAGUGGAGGUUUGUCAUAUGAUACAGUGGGUAGACGAGCCUGUCUGACCGUGAUGCAUGGGAAAAGUACUGCAGUAUUGGAGAUGGACUACCCUAUAGUAGAUUUCCUUACGCUGUGUGAAACCCCAUAUCCAAACGAUUUCCAGGAGCCUUAUGCCGUUGUCGUCUUGUUGGAAAAAGAUUUAGUAGUUAUUGAUCUUGCACAAACCGGGUAUCCCAUCUAUGAGAACCCAUAUCCCCUGUCCAUCCACGAGUCUCCGGUGACCUGCUGUGAAUAUUUUGUGGACUGUCCCGCUGAAGUCAUUCCUGCUAUUUACUCCGUAGGCUCCAGACAGAAGAGGCAGGGCUUUAGUAAGAAGGAAUGGCCUAUCAGUGGAGGUAACUGGGGCCAGGGAGCACUAAGUUACCCGGAGGUUAUCAUCACUGGACAUGCUGAUGGAUCAGUCAAGUUUUGGGACGCAUCAUCAUUAAUGUUGCAGGUGCUGUAUAAACUGAAAACAGCGAAGGUGUUUGAGAAACCUCGUAGUAAGGAAGAGAGGUCCAGCACUGAUAUCGUGGAUGAGGAUCCAUUUGCCAUCCAGAUCCUAUCCUGGUGUCCAGAGAGCCGCGUGCUGUGUGUGGCUGGAGUCUCGGCUCAUAUCAUCGUCUACAGGUUCAGCAAACAGGAGGUCACCACUGAAGUGGUUCAGCUGCUGGAGGUGCGAAUGCAGUGUGAGCUAAAUGAAGUGGACUCUCCAGAGGCCGCAGGAGAGCAGUCGGCCGUAUCCACUCCAGGAACCUCCUCCAGUCCUCAAAGCAGCCUGCCUCAGUCCCACCCCUCCACCAGCAGCAACAACUCCUCUGACGGUCUGCGUGAUAACGUGCCCUGUCUCAAGGUUAGGAGUUCCCCUCUCAAGCAGUCUCCAGGUUACCAGGUAGAGCUAGUCAUUCAGCUGGUGUGGGUCAGCGGAGAGCCACCACAACCUAUAACCAGUCUGUCUGUCAACUCUGCAUAUGGCCUCGUCGUUUUUGGCAACGGUUAUGGCCUUGCCGUGGUUGAUUACAUCCAAAAAACUUUACUUCUGAACGUGAGCACGGCCGAACUCUACGGUUCAUCAGAUCCUCACUACAGACAGCCGCGUUCACCGCGCAAAGCCAGACAGCCCUCUGCAGGUUUUUGUGAUGGUAAUGAUGGACCUGGUGCUUCAGAGGAGCGAUGCAAAUCCCCAACUUCAGGCUCCGGCUCACCGUGCAAUUCAGAUGAGGACAGCACACAGACGUUUAUUGACAGGGUGAAGACCAAAAGCAGACGGAUAUCCAAGAGUGUUGCCAAUGACUUUGCUAAGAUAUCCAGGAAAAUUAGCAUGAUUGCUGAUCAGAAAGAUGACGCCAGGGACAACUCGUUUAGUCGCUCGCGCAGCUCCAGCGUGACCAGCAUUGACAGGGAGUCACGUGAGGUCAUUACCUCCUUCUACUUUUGUGAUUCUCUGUCUAAGAAGAGUGAGAUGGUGGCAGUGCCCAGCCUGUGGAUUGGCACCUCGCAGGGCAGCAUGUUGGCCAUUACCCUCACCGUGCCCUCAACACCAGAGCAGAGGAUGCAGCAGUCUGUGGGCAUCUCAUUCUGUGGUUCGGUGGUUAGUUUAAAGGGAGGAAUUUUAUGCAUGGCCCAGCUGGACUCCAGCGGCACGCUUGUGCCCCAUGUUUAUGAACCCUGGUAUGAACCCAACGCUCCUGAAGAGGAGAGAGAGCAGACAAGAAAACGCCGGCCCACAUCACCCCCGUCGUCUCAAGAGAACCAGGACUGUCAGUAUGCUGUGGUGUGCUCCAUGAAGCAGGCUAAGGUUGUGGCCCUGCCCUCGCAAAAUUGCAUCUACAAACACAACAUCACCGAGACCUCCUUCGUUCUCAGAGCUGAUGUGGUGACGGUGAGCGCCGGGCUCUGCAUCGCUUGCUUCUGUGCCAACGGUCACAUCAUGACUUUGAGUUUGCCGAGUUUGCGACCGCUGCUGGAUGUCAACUACCUUCCUCUGACGGACAUGAGGAUAGCCAGAACCUUCUGUUUCUCCAACCAGGGUCAGGCCCUGUACCUCACAUCUGCCACUGAGAUCCAAAGAAUCACAUACAGCCAAGAAACAUGUGACAACCUACAGGAGAUGCUCGGAGAACUGUUUACUCCAGUGGAGACCCCUGAAGCACCAAACCGAGGUUUCUUCAAGGGCUUAUUUGGAGGCGGUGCUCAGUCAUUAGACAGAGAAGAUUUAUUCGGAGAGACGGCCUCUGGCAAGGCCUCACGCAGCCUGGCGCAACACAUCCCCGGACCGGGUGGUAUGGAGGGCAUGAAGGGGGCAGCGUCAGGUGUGGUGGGAGAGUUGGCGCGGGCGAGAAUAGCUCUGGAUGAGAGAGGACAGAAACUGGGCGAGUUGGAGGAGAGGACAGCGGCCAUGAUGUCGAGCGCAGACUCAUUUUCCAAACAUGCGCAUGAUAUGAUGCUGAAAUACAAGGAUAAGAAAUGGUACCAGCUCUGAGGAUUCAGCAGACCUUCAUAUGAAGACAGUACAUCCAUCAUCAUCUCCGUUUCUUCUCCUCGUGUAUGUUUCUCUCGAAUGUCCAAAAACUGCCACGUACGCCCAGCACAAAUUUUGUCGCGAUAAGAGCUGGGUAAGGACAGUGGAGUCGGGAAGGAACGGCUCAGGCUAAAAUUUCCUUCCCUUUUUGGUGGCGGUCGAGUUUCCUCUCCCUAAACAAAACGCCAGAGGUGACCCAACACCGGUGCUGCCCAGUCCUGUAUUUUCAUCAGCCAUGCUGUCAUUCUCACUGCCAUUCUGAACUACAAAACAAAGGAUUAUGGGAGAUAUCGGAAAAAAUGAGAUGCUCACAAAGAAAGAACCGAAGUCUGCAGCUUUGCCAAGCGAAAUGCUUCUGAUAAUCUGUCACUAGGGCAAGAAUAGAUUACGCGUCUAGUGUUAUAAUUUAUGAAAGUUGCUUUGAGUAUAAUUUGGGUUUUGGAUGGAGGUUAUUGAUCACAUUAGCUAUAGAAAUGGCCAGAUUGUCUUACAUAUACUGUAUGAUGUGAUGAAUUACUGUUUAAUUUCAUCUCUAAAGGGCUGGAAGUUGCUGUUUUAACCACAUAUCAUGUGAUUGUUUUGCCAUUUCAAUCUACAGGCAGACCUGGAUGAGAUCUGAUCAUGCAUCACGUUUGUCCUUGUGUUCAGAGGACGUGUUGGUUUACACGGAUCAGAUCAGACUGAUAUACAAUGUAUCUGUACACUGAUUUUUUUUUUUUUUUUAAGGUGAAUCUCAAGAUUGUAAAGGUCAUGUUUUUCCUUGAAAUCAAAAGAAAAAAGUGAUAUUUGAAUUGUAAAGUAUAUCUACAGUUAUUUUAGGUUUUACUGCCUUUAUGCUAACGAUAAAAAGGUUAUUACAGUAAUUUUCUUUUUUAUCUUUUGAUUUUGAUGUGAAAUAUGACCUGGCCAUGUUUCGUGAGGUUCACCUAAAGAUGUAUGGGUAUAUAAAUGUUGAAUAUAUGCUGGUUAUAUACAAACAGAGACUUAAGAGAAUGCAAAUUAUUUUUCUUGGUUAUUUUUGUUGCAAGCGAGAAAUCGGAAGCGCGAGGCAUGAAUUUCAUUAUGUGCCUUCUGAUGAUUGACAUGCAAGGAACCUGUCGGACGCAACACCGUGCCGAACGUACUGGUUGCUCGUAUGCAAAACAUUACCCACGAUGCAACAGCUUCUGGAUGAGGAAAUGGGCAGAGCCUGAAGAGGACUCGCAGUGUGAGAUUUCUUCUUCGGUGAUUGUUGUCAUCUUAAGUAAAGGACAGACGGAUGUCAAUUUGUUUUCUAUAUAAAGCCUUUUCAGCGGACUAAUGCAUGAGUUUGUCAUCUCUCACGGAGAGUUGAAUAUAAAGCUGAAUAUCUCUGUGUGCUGCAGUGGAUGUGACCAAGUACCACUUAAUGUUUAAUGCAACUUCAUACCGUCGGUCCCUCCAGCUGUCUUUCAGAGGGGUUUCUUAUCUGCCUUUGCUUUGCGACCCAUAAAUAUAUGCUAACCUCGGCCUGUGUGUGUGUUUGUGAACAUACAUGUAUGCAAGAAUAUGUGUAUGUUCACAUUUAUAUCAACUUGGAGUGUGUUUGCGGGUCUUUUCUUUAUGUAUGAGGUGCAGGAUAUUGCUGCUAUUUGUGUUAAUUUAGGAACAUCAUGUUGUUGUUAAGUUUCCUAUCAGGCAUUUUUUUUUAAUUUUUUGGUUUUUCACAUUGCUGCCAAAUGUUGUACAUAUUAAUACUCUUGUCGACAAACUUGAGAGUGAUGAUGCGGUGACUCAAAGUGAUUUCAUGUCCAUGACCUUAUGAGACUCCAAAGAGUUGCUUUGCUGUAAAUGUUAUUCUCUCAGAAAGGAAAAGGUCCCUUGAUUCUGCAAAAUUCAUUAUUUUAAAUACAUAUAUAUAGCGCCAUGGUGUUUGUGUAAAUAUCUACCAAAAUAGCAAUUUGCAAUGUUAACCAUCUAAAAAAAAUUAAAUCUGGCUUAUCUGCUUCAUAUAUAUUUUCUUUACUAUGAGCAGUUGUGUGGUUUUGCACUAUGUUUUAUAUUAUAAUGACAUGAAAGUCAUUUUAUUGAUAUUUUUGUAGUUUGUAUUGUAAUUUUCUUUAUUAUUAUUAUUAUUAAUGUUAUCUCUUUAUUUUUGAAAAUUUUGUUUCUUUGUGAAGGACCAAAACAAGACAGAUGCUAAAGUGUCAAUGGCAAACAUCAUGGGGUGCCUCACACUCUCACAUUUGUCAUCAUUGCCAGUUUAAUGAUAUAUUUAAACAUGAAAUAUAUAUAUAAAUUUGAUUAUUUACAAAUGAAUACUUUUAUUAUAUUAUUUGAAAUGAAAUGAUGCAUUUUAAGAUGAUAAAUUUGUGUAUGUAUUGUCAAUGAAUCCGAUUGGACACAGAUAUGAUGACACUUUUACGGUGAGCCAUCUGUUUAGUUGACUGAGAAGUGAUGAAUCUGAAUAUUUGAAAUCAUUGGCCGCCUUUGUACUGUUUGACCUCUGAUUUGUUUUGCACAAGAGGCAGCAUGAGAUCUGGUGUUUACAUACUUGAAGCAUCCACCUACGUUCUGUUAGUCGAUCAUCAUUUGUUGUUUAUGCUAGUGAGAUGUUUGUAAUUGAACAAAUCACAAGUAUUUACUCUGUUAUAAUAGACAAAGCAAGAUGUCCUUUCUUUAGACUACUCAUAACAUUGCUGUUUCAGUUCAGAUUCAUUCAACAUUCACUGUACUACUGAUAAACAUGAUAUCCUAAAGGGUUUUGGGGAUAAAUAAUAUGUGGGCUUGCCGGUUUUCUCCUCGAAGCUAAUUUAUUGUACAGUUUUAUUAAUCAGACUUUCACAUGAAUGUUUGUCUUAAUCUGCUGCCACCCAACAAUUUAGAAAACAUGUUUAUAGACAUAACUGUGCAAUUGGAAAUAAAUGUAAAAGAAAGAUGGA